AUGUCUGACCUAGUAUUUGUCCACGACACAACGUUUGACGCCCACCUUCCCAUGGGGGGAAAACGUGGGGCCAAAUGGAAGCCCCAGGCCGUCAUUCAUCUGUGCCGGGCCUCCUCUUGCAAACUCACGGGGCAUUUGGGGUCGGGGUCGUACGCGUCUGUGUACGCGGCGCAAUUGUUUGAAAGCGAUGCAUCAAAAACGCCGGUGGAACUCGCAGUCAAGCACGAAACGAGGGUCGGGUACUUGCCAUGGGAGUGUUAUUGCAUCAGUGAAAUCAACGCCAGGCAGAACACGACAAACGAACACGGCUCUUCCGUCGUCGACCGUCGAAUUGUUCAAGUGUACGCGCUCCACGUGUUCAAAAAUUCCACGCUGUUGUUCCUGCAGCGAGGGGACAAAGGAACGCUGCAUGGCCUGGUCAACCUGUAUGCCCAGUUUGGCCGUCGGAUGCCAGAACCCGUGGUCGUCCAUUAUGCGUGCCAAAUGUUGGACGCCGUGCAGCGUGUGCACGGGGCCAACUUUGUCCACGGAGAUAUCAAGCCCGACAACUGGAUCGUUGUGGACGGACGUUCCCCGUGGAAUCACGCGACCACGUUCGCCACUGGCGCCGUGUGUUUGAUCGAUUUUGGUCGGGCAAUCGACCUCCAACUGUACCCACCGGACACGGCGUUCUGCGGCGACUGCCACGCGUCGGGGUUCCAGUGCGUGGAGAUGCUGACCAAGACCCAAUGGACGCACCAAAUCGACACGUUCGGCCUGUGUGCGACGAUCCACCUGCUCUUGUUUGGCGAGUACAUGGAGUGCGUCAAGAUGGACGACAAGUGGACGAUCACGCGACGGUGGAAACGGUACUGGCAUGUCGAGCUGUGGCAGGACCUGUUUGACUCGUUCUUGAACGUACCGUCCUGUGCCCACCAGCCAAACCUAUGCGACUGGAGGCUGAAAUUGCACAAGUACUUUACCGAGGCGAAUCAAAAGAAGCUAAACCACCAGUUAUGCGCACAAGACAAAAUGUUUCACUGA